AUGGUAUCCCGGGCUUCCCUUUCUAAUCUCAGGGUUUCCAUUAAGCCGGAGGACCCAGUCAUAGUAAAAGACGCGUCGCCACUCAGCCCGCGACCCUUGUCAACGACAAAGGCAUCAGGAGGUAUCACUCGUCGGCGCCUGCGCGCGAGUCUGCCACCCUCCCCCGUGGGCAGCCGAGUUCCACCGCCGCAGGUGCCCUCUCCGUGGCGAUGGAGAUGCUGUUCAUGCAGAGCCACGUACGACCUGUCCGUAACCCAACGCUGUCUGUUGUGCUCUCACACCUUUUGCUCCGUCAAUUCUCAGGCGGCCUCCUUUUCUGCGAGGAGUAGCGGCGGUGGUAGUAGUAGUGGUGGUAUUGGUAGAAAACGGACAAGUAAUACUCGUAAGCGCAGGGUGGACCGGAGCGGUAACCCUAUUACGUGCACCACCGAGUUUGAUUACGAGGGAUGGUCAGCGUACGGGGCUUGGCGGAGACGAGUCACCGGGACGCAAAUCACCGAGGAUCAGCGGGAUCGCAGCUUUCUGCUGAGAGCGCAAGACGACUGGCAUCACUGCGAUUUCCCCUCGCAGUGUGCCCAUCGGCGGCGCGAACUCCAUCCCGUCUGGCAGGAUAUUCUGCUUAGUGACACUUCCUCCUCGGAUGAGGACAAGGCAUCAUCUCGUAGAAAAGACGGAGAGAAGCAGAAAAAGUCCAAAAAGUCUAGAAGACCCUCUACCGCUCUGAGUCCCGACGAUGAUCUAGUCAUGAACGAGGCCAUUAGCCUCGACGGCUCGGGACGGCCCAGUAAACAAGCAAAUACUACAAAUGUCACGACACUGAGCGAUCAACAAGUGUUGGCUCUCUUUGAUGAGGAUGAUGAUGAUAGCGAUGAUGGCAGUGUCAAACCGCUAGAGCACAUGUCAUCUCAUCAAGGCCCAAAGACACAGCUGAGGGUGCGAAACCACGCCGAGGCCGACUGGGAAAACUUUAGCAGUGACUCGGAUAGCGGCGACGACGACGACGACGACGACGACGACGACGAUGAGGAUCUGGUUGACACGGAUGGGAACCCGGUCAAGUGGCGGAACUCGGCCAAAGGGGCAGACAAUGGUGUUUACCAGAGCCAGGUGCUCUUGGUCAAAGCGGCCAAUUCAUUCUGGGGGGCUACGGAUUUUUAA